AUGUAUGUAUAUAUGUAUAUCACAAUACUUACGACUCCAUUUAAGGUAAACCGUUUUGGUUUACUAGCAAUAGCUGCUUUAAAAGAGCUUAGAGCGAGGCAACUGGAGAAAAGCAUUCAAGAGGCAGAACGAGAUGCGGAGAAAUCCAAACGACGACUGGAGGAGAAGUCUUUGAAGAAAGUUUUAAUGGACAGACAUUUGACGCGCCAUCGAAUACCCGGCGACGGUGACUGCAUGUUCAACGCUCUUGCUCAUCAAUUUUCGCUAAUGGGCAUUACGGUAACACUGCAGGCAGGGUAUUUUUUGGAAGACAUGUUGUACAUGAAUACAGUAUUGAUUUACACUAGAUGUAAAGCGUUGACUUGUUACUGUUACAUUUUAUUGGCGGCAUCGAAAUCAGAAUGA